AUGGAUCCCAAGGGCUCAAAGCAGCCACAGGAGGUGUCGAGUUUCUUGAAUAACAGCGCCGGGAUGGGCGAGAUUAAGGCGGCAGAGAUGAAAGACUUUCAGAUUGUUGUUGCAGAGAAAGAAGAAGGGAAGAAACAGGCACUGGCACCCAAAAGAAGCUCGAAUAAAGAUAGGCACACGAAAGUUGAAGGCAGAGGGAGGAGGAUAAGGAUGCCUGCCCUUUGGUUUGACCUGUCAUCAAGCAAUAUUGGGCCGAUGAGUUUUACCUCAAUUAUGGGUACUAGUACUAACCAGCAGCUUCCAGGGUUGGAGCUUGGGCUAUCACAAGAUGGUCAUAUUGGGGUUUUGAAUCCUCAGGCAAUGAGCCAGCUUUACCAGCAGAUGGGACAGUCUAGGAUGCACCCUCAACAGCAGCAGCAUCAAAAUCAGCAUCAGCAGCAACAAUCUCCCAAGGAUGAUUCUCAAGGAUCGGGACAGUAG